AUGAAUCACAAUUUGAGCCUAAUUCUCUCAGGUGUGCUCAGUGGACAAACCUCUCCGAGCACUAUCUGUUUAGAAAAGCUGGAUUCGGCACAGGUGCUGCAGCUGUGUGUCCGAUAUCAGGAUCAUCUACACCAGUGUGCAGAAGCUGUUGCCUUUGACCAGAACGCUCUGGUCAAGAGGAUCAAAGAGAUGGAUCUGUCAGUGGAGGCAAUAUUCAGCAUCAUGCAGGAAAGGCAGAAGCGGUACGCCAAGUACGCCGAGCAGAUCCAGAAGGUCAAUGAGAUGUCGAUGAUUCUGAGACGCAUUCAGAUGGGCAUCGACCAGACGAUACCGCUGAUGGAGCGUCUCAACAAUCUGCUGCCUGAGAGCGAGCGCCUGGAGCCCUUCAGCAUGAAACCUGAUGGAGAAAUCAAAUAGAGUCUGACAACAGUUGUUAAAUAGUUCACAGUACUAAUUGACUUUUGCUUUAUAGAGACCUACCUCAGGUCAUGUCUGGUUGUUACCUAAGGAACUUCUCACUUUGCACUCUGAAAGGCUUUUUGUGUGCCUGGAUCAGGUGUUAUCUGGCAUAAAACAAGUUACAUGGUACAAAAUGAAAAACUAUAACACCAAAAUGGUGUAUGCAUGUGUAUAUAUUUACUUAAAAGACUUAAUUGAGUGGUUUUAAAGGGCAUGCCAACAUGAUUCUGCCUCUGAAAUUGAAAAUGUUAUUUAAUGAGAGGUCAUUCAUGCAUAUGAUGCUGUUGCACUUUAGAGGCUUUCUGUAGACUUGUGUCAUUAAAGUUAUUGGCAUUAAAUCGUUUAUACAUACACUCGCCAUUUUGG